AUGGCGUACAGUAACCCGGCGUGCAAGCCGGUGCCCGUCGUUACUACUCCUAUCAACGGAGUAGUACUAAUCAUCAAGUACCUCUUUUUCAUAACCAGCUUCGUUUGGCAGGCUACAGUACGACUGUGUAACUAUUUCGAGAUCCGGCUGAUACCACGUUAUUUCUCCAUCCAAUUAGAAGCCCCACUACUACGCAAGGUCUCAAAGCUUUUGGCAGUUCAUGACCAUCUGAAAGAUGGCUCCACCUUCUCCGGCCGGCUGUCACAAGUGGUACAGGCGGCUCAGUACCAACCUCGUCGCAAAAUGGCUACAUUUCGUUCGACUCGUCGCAACAUCUUUGAACUUCAAUCGCUUCUAGAGCUCAUUUUGCCAAUGUUCGGCGAGUACCCGUGGAACCAACUUGUACCAAACGCUGGUCUUAAUAUGGCCGUGCUAUGUGGUCUAAUCAGAAAGCUGUUGAAAGAGGACGAAAGCCUAGCUACACAGCCCAAGACUGUUACUGCUGCCGUUACUGAUGAUUAUCAUCGAUGGUGUUCCGUGCUUGAAGUUGAACAUUUGACUUUCGGUUUGAGUGAUAUGGUCGAGGAGGUCUUGUUCAACUACCGUUUCCAUAUGAACCGGAACGGUAAAAUGAGUGGAUUUGACAAAUUACCUACUGAGAUUCAGUGCAUGAUCAUGUAGGUUUUAACUUUUUUAAUAUUUAUUCUAACCUACUCUAUCUUACCCUACCUUAAUGUACCCUACCCUAUCGUACCCUACCCUACCUUAUCCUACCCUACUCUACUUUAUCCUACCAAAGAAGGUGAUAACACAGGGUGAAUAUGAAGACCACAUAGUAGAGGGGCAAGAUAAAUCUGAGGAAAACAUGAAAGGGUAGGGUAAUUUAGAGUAAAUUUCAGUAGAGUAUGGUAGACAAGUGCACAGUAUAAUAGGAUAGCAUAGAAUACAAUAGAAUAGUAUUAGGUAAUGAGUAAAGUAGGCAGGUCCAUUAAUUUGCGCCCUAUUUUCAGCAGUUGGCAAGCUGUAAAGUGGGCGGAAAAGCAUGGAUUUGAAAAAUAUGCCUUACAUUAUCACUAAAUAAAGGCCUUGUGAGUUAGUGUAAGUAAAUACUUUUAGUCUAAAAUAGUGGUACAUACGAUUACCAUUACUUUUAUUACUUUAAAAUAUCAACAUUACUCAAAUUUAAUAUUUUGACCCAGAAAGACUUGCUUAACCUUGUUAAACUGCUUUUUAUACAUACUCUACGUUCCCCUACCUUAACUUACCCUAGAUUACGCUACCCUAUUAUUAUACAAAAAAGCAACUUUUUACCUAAAAAUAGCUAUACAACUACUUUAAACAACCAUUUUUUAGGCAAAAAGUCCAUGUUCCCCUGUCCCAACAAUUUAUCCGUGACGACAAGAAGGCCCUUCGUCGCGUCUGGUACGGCAACGAGAACAAGCGUGCUGAUAAGGCUGCUUUUUUGGCCAAUUUCGUCAGAAUUAAUGCAAAAACCGCAACCGUUGCCAAAGCCGUUCUUCUUCAUUAA